UUGUUAUAACAAAAUUGUUUUAGUUGCGGAUUUUUUGUGUUUGGCGGUGUGAGCGAAAGAGAGAUGGCUGCUGCGGCAUAUGUUUAGCGUGUCCAGAUAAAAAUGUUUACAGUUAGCCCGCCCUUGCGUAAUUGAGCCCGUGUUGGUGUUGGUGCUGGUGGCCGCAUCCCGUACUCCGUAUCCGUGCAAAUCUCGCCGCUCAAUGCAGAUUCGAUUUCCCGUGAUUUGUAAUUGACACUCGGCGUUAUCUCGACGGCCUCUUUAACACACGCCCACCGCAUCGGCCAAUUCUAUAGAUCCCAGAAUCGUCCAGCAUUAUCUUCGAUCCCGCAAUAACUCUAGCAAUUGUGUGAGUGCGUGUUAGUGUUACGGUGUGUGGUGAUGUGCUAAACAGUCCGGCAAAUUUACGGAUCGAAAUAAGCGAGUGAAUUGACGACUGACUGAUCGGUGGAUAUAUAAUGAUUGUAGCCAACCGAGCUGGGCAGUAAACCGAAACGAGAGUCAGAGUCAGAGACAUUAGCAUUAGUCCCAGGAGUGGAAGAACGAGAGCAAGUCGGGCCUGAAAAAUGGCGCGUCACAUUAUGGCCGUAUGCGUGGUGUGCCUACUCUGUGCACACCGCCUGCACUGUCAGGAUCACAUCGAGAGUCUGCUGGGCCCGGGCUCGCUGGUCACGGCCCAAAACAGCCAGGAACAGCUGAAUGCCCGCGUCUACACGAACCUGAGUCCCUCCAGUGAAACCACCGAUCGGCGACAGCAGCGAUCCGCUUCUGGCGACGACGAUACCUCUAACUACAGCAUCAGCCCGCCAUCGAGAAGAGAAAAGCGCCAUGCCGGCCAUGGGCACGAUCACACAUCCGAAUUCGAAUCCCGCGUCCCGCAGAUCACCCAGUACUAUCUCGAGAAGCUUAUGGCCCGGGAUGAGCUGAUGAACAGCAGCGUAUUCGAUGGCCUACUUAAGCAGCUCAGCCUCAACGCGUUGGUCAGUGGGGCAAGUGAAGGAACUUGCGUUCCAGCUAGUCGCCUUGUGCAUCAUGUCCAGCCCCACUAUAAUCAUCCCGUUCAUGAUGAAGUAGAAGAUCCCAAUUUGCAGCUGAACAACUGCACGCUUAUGCAGAAUGACACCACCUCCAACGUCAUAUGCGCACCCCUGCUCAACAACAACACACAACCACUCGAGGAAAAGGCCAAGAGCUUUACGCUGAGCGAUAUGGACUUGCUCCAUCUGUGUCCGAUACUCCUGCAUGAGGUGGCAGCCCAAAACGGCGGAUGUAUAGAACCUGUUGUCCUGGCCGGCAUUGAUAGCACGGAAAUACUGCUAGAGAACAAGGAUAUAUUUUAUGUGUGGAUCUAUGCUUUCAUUUCCGUAUUUGCCUGCGGCAUCCUCGGCUUGGUAGGCGUGGCCAUCAUACCGUUUAUGAAUUCCCGGUAUUACAAAUACAUCAUCCAAUAUCUGGUAGCGCUGGCCGUGGGUACGAUGACUGGCGAUGCCCUGCUGCACUUGCUUCCUCAUUCUCUUGCAGGCCAGGAUGAGCGGGGGAUGAUCAUGAAAGGACUGGGUUGCCUGGGUGGCAUCAUCUUCUUUUACGUGAUGGAGCAUGCGCUGACCAUGAUCUCCGAGUGGCGCAAGAGCGUGGAGAAAAAGGAGACGAAGAAACCAUCGCGGGCGAAGGUGAUGCGUGAUCCCGACUCGUCGGUUAACAAUUCGGUGGCUGGCGACAAGAUCUGCAAGCAAAAGUACAGCUCGUAUCCAUAUUGCUAUGACGAGAUCACCAUGAACAACAAGCAGAGUGAGUGGAUGCACCUGCCCGGCGAUGGAGUGAACUCGGCGGCGGGCGCUGGCGGAGAUGCUCCUUCCGCUUUGGAGCUGCGUAACGGUGUGGGCGAUCACGAUGGCUCCAAUGACAUGGCCGCCGCUGCCGAAUCCCUACUAUCAACGCUGCACACGAACUGCGUGGAGAUGAAUCACCAUAAUCACAACCACAAGCACAACAGCCACCAGCAGAGUCAUGAGGGCCAGGACAACAACACAAUUGUCACCGAUCUGGACGGAAACGCGGUGUACGCAGCAAACAGUGCUAAGGAUAAGGACGGCCGGAAUGAUCAUGUGACUGUGAUCCUGCGGGAGCACGAGUCCUCACAUCACGGUCACAGUCAUCGCCAUGGACACGUCCAUUCGCCGCCGGAAACGUUGAGUGCCGUGGCCUGGAUGAUUAUUAUGGGUGAUGGUCUGCACAACUUUACGGAUGGCAUGGCCAUUGGUGCUGCCUUUGCGGAAAACAUUGCCGGCGGCUUCUCCACAUCGCUGGCUGUCUUUUGCCACGAAUUGCCACACGAGCUGGGUGACUUUGCCAUUUUAAUUAAAGCGGGCAUGUCGGUGAAGUCGGCCGUCUACUACAACCUGUUGACGGGAGUCCUGAGUUUCAUCGGCAUGAUCUUUGGCAUUGCCUUUGGCCAGUCCCCCGAUGUGGCCCAGUGGAUGUUCGCCGUGGCGGCGGGUCUGUUCAUUUACAUUGCCCUAGUCGAUAUGAUGCCAGAGAUCUCGGCCUCGCACAAAUCAGUGGGCCAGUUCCUGCUGCAGAUUCUCGGCAUGCUCAGCGGAGUGGGGAUAAUGCUAUUGAUUGCCCUUUACGAGGGCGAUCUGAUGAGCGCGUUUGGCACAAGGGGAGGAGCAUCUCACCAGCACGCGCAUUAAUAGCAUAAGUGAAAUUGUAACCAACCGGAUCGAAUCUUGUAGCGUAUUAUGUGAAUUGCAGCAAAUCUUGUGUAUUAACUGCAUUUUUUCGCCAAGCCUAUAGGACCUCUUGAAUUAUUAUUUUUUGUAUAGUUUCAUUACAUUGUUGUUUACAUUACUCCAGGAAGUUACACAGAACAGAACCACAGACACAGCCGGUUUUCGCUUAUCAAACGCAUUUGUUAUCCAGUUUAUGAAACACACAACCACACACCCACACACAAGCGAGGCAAUUCAGCAAACUCGUUUUAUUUUCGUUCCUAAUUUUCCCUUUUUGAACUGCGUUCGAAUCCAUUUCACACCCAAUUUAGUGUAAGAUGUCUUGAAAUUGGCUAGUUUGUAAAGUGAUCUUGAAUUUAGAUGAAACCAUUUAAAAAGCAUGCCGAGAUAGUUGCUGUCAAAUGAGAAUAAGAGAACAGAAAAUGGAUUGGAUCUGGAUCCCAUAAUCCUCUAAUUACUGAUCUUAUACGCAGAAGAAAAAAGAACCUAAAAAUUACGAUAUAUAUAUUGUAGGAUAUGUAUACAUGCAUAUACUUUUUGUAUUUUGUAGUCUAGAGUGCGCACGUUUCCUUUAUGCGAGUUUAACAUUCUAAACCCAGAAUCAAGGGAUGUCCACCACUGUUAUGAUUUCUGACAGUACUUAACGACUUGAACGCAUAUUAUUUCCACUUCUGGAAAUGUACACAAAACCCAUUUAAGCUUAAUUUAUUAUCGUAUUUGUAAUAAAUUGAAAAGAUUAUUAUAAUGCACCGUCAUGCAUAAUUUAGAUUUUCGCUACCCUGUAGCACCUUCGUUUAAUUAUGAUUUUGUAAUAAACCAAGCUAAAACAAAA